AUGAACUCUGUCAAGAAGGUCCUUUCGCGCCGCUCGCACUCGGGCGAUGACUCGUCGGACGAUGGUCGUCUGUCGUCGUCGACUGCCCCCACCUCCAACCCCGGCUCGCCCGUUCAGCGCCAGAAGGAGAUGGGCACUCUGACCGGUGCUGGUGUUGGUGCCGCCGGUGUUGGUGCCACCACGGCCACCACCAACGGCACCCACACCCGCGAGACCACGGGCGACAAGAUCAAGGACAAGAUCGAGCACGGACUUGGCCGAUCUGCCGACGUGCACGCCAAGGACGGCAGCAUCCGUCACAAGCACGGCCACGAUGUGCUGGCCAACAAGCACCUCGACCUGUCCAACGGCGAGGUUGUGCAGGACGUGCAGCACCUUGCACCCGUGACGCACCAGACUCACCAGCGCCACGAGGUGGAGGAGGUUCUGCGUCAGAAGGAGCACCACCGUCAUGUGCACCACAUCCAGCACCACACCCAGCCCGUUCUCGACUCGGAGCACGCGGCUGAGCAGGUGCACAACAAGAUCCACCCCGUGACCAAGGUGCACGAGACGCACGCUUCGACCGACAAGGACGCUACGCUGCUUACGAGCGUGGCGGGUCAGCAUGCGGACAAGUACGCCGAGGCCCCUCUGCACCGCCAGGUGAUCGACAAGGGCGAGGUGGUUAAGGAGCACAUCCACCACCACAUUCACAACGUCGUCCAGCCUAUCAUUGAGAAGGACACGCACGAGUACCACCGCAUCCAGACCACCAUCCCCACGCACGUGGUGACCCACGAGGCACCCAUCGUGCACGAGUCCACCCACCACAAGGCCGUCUCCAAGGACGAGUUCCUGUCGGGUGGUGGCAACCUUACCAACUCGAUCCGAUCGAUCCACGAUGCCAAGCUGCUCAACACGGGCAAGUGCGACCGCAAGGUCGAUGGCCUCGCCGAGAAGCUCGAGCGCGAACUCGGUGUCAAGCCCACCCUCACCUCGACUGUCGAUGCGCGCAACACCCCCGCCGUUGUCUAA